AUGGACUCCAACACUGUUAGUUUAAAGAAGAAACCAAUCCUUCAAUACGUCCUCAAGUUAAUGGAACGCACCAGUACAACAAGUGCUUCUGUCACUUUGAUAUUCUGCAUUUUUGUGUUCUCUCUUUCACUCAACUCUAUAGCAACGGAAGAUAUUAUAAGGCCCAACCAAUCUGUUAGAGAUGGAAACACAAUAGUUUCAGCCGGUGGUCAAUUCGAGCUCGGCUUCAUUGGUCUUGGCAACUCCACAAAUCGAUACGUGGGUAUAUGGUACAAGAAGAUACCCCUCAAGACAAUUGUAUGGAUUGCCAACAGAGAAACUCCUCUCAAUACUACAUCUGGUCUCUUGAAACUCAACACCAAUGGAAUCCUUGUCAUUCUUGAUAGUUUUGAUAACGUAGUUUGGUCAUCAAACUCGUCCACGCCUGUCAAUAGUCCUGUCGCGCAGCUGUUGGAUUCUGGGAAUCUUGUUAUUAGAGAUGUAAAGGACAGUGACCCUGCAAAUUAUCUGUGGCAAAGUUUUGAUAUACCUGGAAAUACAUUUCUACCAGGUUGUAAACUCGGGUGGAAUUUGGAAACUGGGCUUGAAAGGUAUCUCAGUUCUUGGAAAACUGAUGAUGAUCCAUCUCCAGGUGAAUAUACUAAUCGUAUUGAUCCCAAUGGAUUUCCUCAGUUAUUGACGAGGAAAGGCUCUGCUAUACAUUCUCGAGCUGGGCCUUGGAAUGGUGUUCGUUUUUCUGCUGCACCCAACUUCAAGUCUAACCCAAUUUAUGAGUUUUAUUUCGUCUCCAAUGAUAAGGAGUUGUAUUAUUAUUACAAACUUCUUGAUAAUUCAGUUUCUACAAGGAUAGUAUUGAGUCCAUCUGGUUCUGUUCAAAGAUGGGUAUGGAUUGAAAAAUCACAAAUUUGGCGACUUUAUCUUAGUGGUCCGAUAGAUGAUUGUGAUCGUUAUAAGUUAUGUGGACCUUAUGGUAGUUGUAACAUUAACAGAUCUCCUAAGUGUGAGUGCUUAGACGGAUUUGAGCCAAAAAGUCAAAAAGAAUGGGAUGUUGCAGAUUGGUCUAGUGGUUGUGCAAGGAAAGUUGAAUUGACUUGUGCGGAUGGAGAGGGAUUCGUGAAGCAGUCAGGGUUGAUACUACCAGAUACUCAGAGUUCCUGGUUUGACAGGAACAUGAGUCUUGACGAGUGUAAGAGGCUGUGCUUGAAGAAUUGCUCGUGUACAGCUUAUGCAAAUACAGAUAUCAGAGGCAGUGGAAGCGGAUGCUUGUUAUGGCUUGAUAAGCUUAUUGAUAUUAGAGAGCAGGGAGAAAAUGGUCAAGAUCUUUACAUAAGAAUGGCUGCAUCUGAAUUAGCUAAAAAAGGGAGGUCUAAAAUAAGAUUCAUGAUCAUCCCUAUUCUGCUUACUGUAACAACGAUGCUUGGAGCUUGUCUGUGGGUAAUCAGGAAGAAAAAGAAACAUCCAGAUGUGAAAAUUGCAAGGAUAAAAAGGCUGUUGUAUCUUGAUGACGAUGGCGACUUUGGGAAUGGUGACAAGGAUGCUGAGUUGCCAUUGUUUGACUUCUCAACCUUAGCUAGUGCAACCAAUGGCUUCUCUACAGACUCUAAGCUCGGAGAAGGUGGCUUCGGGGCUGUUUAUAAGACGUGUUGUAGGAGAGCACUUGAUGUUGUUGUAGGAGAGCUUUUUGUCUGGUCUCUUUUCAGUUUUUUUUCAUCAGUUUAG